AUGUCUACCCCUCAAGAUAUAAACAAAACACAACGAAGACGAUCGAUAAAUUUACUAACUAGAUCACCGUUAUCUGGAUCACCAUUUGCAACAACACCUACGGGAACAGCGGCAACCAGUAUUUAUGGCCCACGACGUGGAUCUCGAGGAAAUAAUGGUUCUCGCGGUGGGUCUCAGAGUAAUUCAUUUGUUUCAAAUACGCCUUUUUUAAGAGAUGGGCAUGGCCUCACUGCGCCAAUGGGAGUAACCAACUCCCUUACUAAUGCUACAAAUGAAGACCAGGAAGUGGCUAUUGUCGAUACUUCAAGUUCAGCCUCUCCCCCCUCGAGGAAAACAUCGCUUCAUGGACAACUGAACCAGAAUCUAUCUCAAUUCACCAAUAGCAGAGAUGAAAACUUUGGAACAAUUGAUUUCAGAGAAGGUAUGGAUGAUUCUCGUUUGAUUUCUCAAUUAUCUAAACAUUUGCCUCCUCGGGAAAACAGUUUAAAACUUGAAGGUGGUGAUAUCACGCAUGAUUUGUAUAAAUUGCAACAUGAAUCACAACAACUACAGCAAAAGCCGAGUUUACACAAGUCCAAGAGUUUUGAUGAUGAAUAUGUUUCAGAUAAUGGUCUGAUUAAGUCGCGGGCUAGUUCUUUCAAUGUACCUGGUGGGUUUCGAAGAGAGUUUUUAGUGCAUCAACAACAAAAACAACUGCUGUUGCAGCUGCUGCAGAAAAAUGUUUCAAAUCACGUUCAAGAUCAGCAAACUGCAUACUACGGGUACACCGACGAUGUUGCGGGGUGCACUAAACCCACGCCCAAUUUUUUGACAAGAAACUUUAUUGAGUUUCUAAGCAUUUACGGUCAUUUCGCAGGUGAAGAUUUGGAAGACGAUGAAGGUGUUCCUAGGUACUUCCACGUGCGAACUGAUGAAGAGACACCGCUUUUAGAGCCAUUGUCAACAACAUCGCUAAUAGCUGACGCUGAUCACACUGAUGUCGACUAUAACCCAAAAGGUACAGCGACUGACACCAAAGCAUAUUUCCUACUCCUUAAAGCAUUUGUCGGGACAGGUGUCCUAUUCCUCCCUCGAGCAUUUGCCAAUGGUGGAUUAGCAUUUUCAAUUGCAACAUUGACAAUUUUCGCCUUGUUAUCAUUCUGGUGUUAUUUGAUUUUGGUGUAUGCAAAACUAGCCACCAAAGUGUCGGGGUUUGCUGAAAUUGGAUCGAAAUUGUAUGGUGCUUGGUUACAACGGUUGAUCUUGACGUCGAUUGUUAUUUCGCAAGUUGGAUUCGUGGCGGCUUACAUUGUCUUUACGGCAGAGAAUUUGCGAGCAUUCGUUAGGAACAUAAGUGUGGGGAACGGCUCUAAUGCUGGUGCUGGUGCAGGUGCAGGUGGGUAUGAGGAUUUGGAUAUUGCUUGGUUUAUUGCAUUACAAGUUGUAUGCAUCAUCCCCAUGAGUUUAGUACGUGACAUCACCAAACUAUCAAUUUCAUCAUUAUUGGCAAACUUGUUCAUCUUGACGGGACUAGUUACAAUUUUCUACUACAUAGCCUACGAAUGGAUCGGGUUGAACCAUGGACAAUUUGGCCCCCAUGUCGAAUUUGGGUUUAAUCGAUCACAAUUUUCGUUAUUCAUCGGCACUGCGAUCUUUGCAUUUGAAGGAAUUGGAUUGAUCAUCCCCGUACAGGAAUCAAUGAUUUACCCCGGACAUUUCCCCAUGGUGUUGGGAAAGGUUAUGGCCACUAUUGCCAUAAUUUUUAUUGUUAUUGGUGGAUUAGGGUACUUGACAUUUGGUGCAAAUGUACAGACAGUGAUUUUAUUGAAUUUACCCCAGGAUUCAGUUAUGGUUAUAAUGACGCAAUUUUUCUAUUCGUUGGCAAUAUUGUUAUCAACUCCAUUACAGUUAUUCCCAGCUAUUCGAUUACUUGAAUCACGAUUGUUCAAAUUGAGCGGAAAACUAUCUUUUCGAAUCAAGUGGUUGAAAAACUUGUUUCGCACAUUGUUUGUUGUAUUUAUCGCUUAUAUUGCCUUGAUUGGUGGUGAGAAUUUAGACAAGUUUGUUUCAUUUAUUGGUUGUUUUGCUUGUAUUCCUUUGGUUUAUAUGUAUCCGCCCAUGUUGCACCUACGUGGAUGUUGUGACAUUAGUGGAGAAGCGAAGAAUAGAGGGUUGAGUGAGAAAGAAGUUAAAAAGCGGUAUUGGUUGGGAGUUUCGGAUUAUAUCUUGAUAGGAAUUGGUGGGUUGGUGUUGGUUUAUACAACUUAUCAAAUCCUCUUCACUUAG